UACGGACACGAGGAGAUACAUGGCCAGGAUGAGGAUGCGACACGCAUUUGUUGGAUUAAUUGUGUGCUGGCUGGCAGUUUGUCAACCGCAAGCCAAGGCGCAGUUCGCGGGAUUCGGCUUCCAGCCACAGCCCCAGCAGUUGGUCUACCAGCAGCAGCCCCGCCAGCAGCUCGUCUACCAACAGCCCUACCAGCAGCCCUACCAGCAGCCCUACCAGCAGCCCUACCAGCAGCAGCCCCGCCAGCGUCAGGGAUCCGUAUCCAAGGCCAAUACGAACGCCUAUGAGCGGCAGGUGGACUUCGGCAACAAUUUGGAGUACACCCAGGGACUGUCGAACUCGCGGGCCGUGACCAAGCAGAACGGACAGCGCACGGUGACCAGAAGCCAGGCCCAGAACCGCGACGUGGAUAUUGGAGGGCUGCAGAUCGGCAACACCCUGACCCGCACCAAGACCAAUGCCAAUGGCGCCGUCUCCCAGGGUGUUUCGGAUCAGUUCAGGAUCGGCAACCUGGGACUGGGAGCCUCGCUCUCGCCCACAAACCUCCAGCAGGGACUGGGACUGCAGCGCGGAGCGGACGGGGACCUGCGUUUGGGUCUCGGACUUCUCAGCCUGGAUCUGGAUCGGAAUGUGGCCAACUCGAACACACUGUCGCAGGCCCAGGUGAAUGCUCAGGGCAAGGGAGCCCGCGCCAAGUCGAACAGCAACGCCCAGACGAAUACCCAGCAAUAUGGCGGCGUUACCGUCACUGACACCCGCUCGAACUCGAAUGCCGUGGGCAAGGCACGGCGAGGCCAGACCUCGGCCAACACUGGUGGCUUUGGCGGAACUUCCGCGACCAAUGGCCAGACCUACGGCGGUCCCUUCCAGCAGCGUGUGGUGCGACAGCCGCAGCCGGUGGCUUUUAGGCGGCCCAAGAGGCGGGCCCAGUACGUGCCCUUCGGCUAUCCUGGCGGCGGUUACGGUCCCGGCUUUGGGGCCGGCCUGGGACCCUUGGGAUUUGAUCGUCCACGUCGUCAGUUUGGCGCUGGUCCCGGCUUUGGCUUUGGGCCACCCCAGUUUGGCGGUGGCUUCAACAACUUUGGCCAGCCGCAGUUCGAGCCUGAGCAGCAUCAUCACAAUAAGAAGAACAACAGGAAUGAGCAGCAACAGCAGGCUCAAGGCCACGCCAAUGCCCAGGGUGGACCCGGCUUCAAUCAGCAAGCCUCGACGAACAACCACGCCAGUCCUGGUAACACGGGCUCCAGCAGCAUCGGCUCGAACCUGGCCCAGGACGGCAGUAGCGGCCAGGUGAGCUCCGCCAACACGAACCAGCAGAACACUCAGACUGCCGAUGGCUUCGACAAUACCCAGAACUCGCAGAGCCAGGCCCUCAACUUCAAACCCGGGGAGCAGCAGGCGUCCAGCGCCAAUGCCAACACAAAGCACACGCAGCAGGGCAACCGGGAAACCGUAGACUCCAACAGCGGCUCAACAGCCACCAACAACAACCAGUUUGGCUCCUCCACGAACACGGCCCAGACCAACUCCCAAGUGGUGCGGGAUGGCAAUCGGCAGGACGUCACGAGCGACGCCAGCAGCCAGUCGAUCUUCCAGGGCAAUGGCAAUGGCGGCCAGGGCAAUGCCGCAGCCAAUACUAAUGCCCAGACGAGCUCCCAGACCGGCCCCAACGGUUUCGUCAGCAACUCGGCCUCGAGCAGCGCCUCGGCCACCAGCCAAAACGGACAGUCGGCCAAUGCCAAUGCCAAUGCCAGUGCCGGCGGUCCGGGUGGCAGUGGAGCAAAUGCCGGCGCCAAUGGCGGUGCCUUCAAUGGCUUCGGUGGCGGCGGUGGGGCCAAUGCCAACAGCAACGCCUUCGGCGGCUUUGGCUUCUUUGGCCUAAGACAUCGAGCCCAGCAACAGGUGCGACUCCAACGCUGGCGUCCGUCUCUUUUCAAUGGCAGCAGAACCAGCUCCGGCAGCAGCUCCUCCGCCUCGAGCAGCUCCACGAGUAUCAACGAUAACUUUGAGUAUGUGUACAUCAAUCACUCCUCGCGAAUGGAGGACCUGGAGGAGCCUUCAGCCACGAAGCCAAGUGAUAUUCCGCCCCUACUAUCUGGUUCGGGAUCGGGAUCCCUGAAUACAUCUGUAGAUGCGUUCGGGCCGUUCGAUACCACCCAGCGACAGGGACGUACCUUCGGCGUUAUCUACGACUGGAUUAGUGGACUCUUCAACUCCUGUGUGUCGCCCUGCACUCUGGAGGCGUUCCAGGAGCAGCGGUGUUGCGAGACCUAUGUUGUGAAUCCCUCAUACCCACCGCCGCUGCCGCCACCACCCCCUCCGCCACAGACUUGCUGCAGUCCAGUGGGACCUCCACCACGGCCACUUCCGCCUCCGCCGCCACCACCACCGCGUCCUUGGUAUCCGCCUGCCUAUCCGCCUCCCUACCCGCCGCCCUAUCCACCCAACAAGAAGACCCCCGUGGUGGUGGUGGCCACGCCAAUCAACUGCUGCACCGUCUGCACCUACACCUACUACAGACCACCGCCAUGUGGGCGGUACAACAGCAGUGGGGGGGAUGGCAAGCGGGUGACCAUCUAUGUGCCGCCGCCCUACUACGGGCGCUAGAGAUCCCCAAGCACCAAGUCCCAAUCCCCAAUCCCUCCUCCUCUGUCUCACAC